CUCUACUGUCCCGAAAGCCCGCCUGGCCAACCGGCAAAGGGAGCGUGGAGACUUGCAACGGAGUGCUCCAAUGGCAGCCUCGUACGUAGCAGGAAGAGGGGCAGGGCAGCCAAUCGGGUUGCGGGUGGGCGGCGAGCGUGUCGUCAAGGUGCCGGCUGUGGAGGGGCUUUUCUUCAGUACGAGCCGAGCGAGCGGCCGAGGCGGGUGGUGAGAGGGAGGAUGCGGGCAGCCAACGGGCUCUGGGCGGCGCUGGCCUUGAUCCUGCUCCCUGGGGAGAGCCACGCUCUGCGGGACGGAGACUGCGAAGGUGAGUCGCCGGCCCCGCGUGGAUGGUCUGAGCAGCGACGGGCGCGGAGGGCGGAAGGGGCCCCCGGGGCUUCGCGGAGGGAGGGGAGGAGGGAGCGCGUUGCUGGGGUGGCCAGGUGGCAACGGCGCCUCCCCUUCACGACCACGGCCUCCCCUUGGCUUGGAAACCGGAGGCGAGUCUUGCCUCAGCCGCUGCUUCCACGCUGCUUUCCCCGGCCCGGUGCCGCUUUCCUCUCAAUGGGAGGGACGCUGGACCCCCACAUCGCAAGGCUGCCAUGGGGAAGGAGAUGCUCUUGUAGUUGCCAGCCAGCGAGUCGGUUUGAACCAAGAAGGCGAGCAUCAGUGCGGGUGGCUGCGGGGGCUUUGGAGAAGAAGGGGAGAGGGGGUUCAAGUGUCCUGCUUGCUCUGUCGCUAUGAAGCCCAUUGAGAAGAUGCAGCUUCCAAAGGGGUUUCCCCAGAAGCUGCUUAUAUAAGGAGUAGGGAUAGACCUACAUGUCUUGGUGUAGCUUUGAGGUCACCAUUACUGCAGUGGUGCUGCUGGGAACUGUACAUUUGACACUGGUGUGUGGGUGGGGGCCUUUUCUGCUGUGGCACCCUAGCUCAGGAAUGUCUUUCCUUCUGAAAUUCCUUUGCUCCCACAGACUACUGGCACGCAGGCACUAGGUGGAAAUCAGACUGGCUUUUCAGACUCUGGGGCAUUAGUGCUUUUUAUGUUUGAUAUUAAUGUAUUCCCUUUUCCCCCUUUGCAUAUAUAUUUUAAACAGGCUCUGCUUUAUUGUGACCUGCCCAGAACUCCUAGGAUGUGGGUUAUAAGUUGCCUAAACAAACUCUUACCUCAUUCAUUUCUGUAAUCGUGACCUUCAGAUUGAUACUAAGUAGGAUAUGCUGUGAAUUAUAUCUACAGUGUGAUAUAGUCUCUAUAAUUGUAAUGACAUGUAUGGGUCCUCCCUUGUAUGACUUAGUAAAUGGUUACACCCACAGGCUGAAGGUCUCCUCUACGGUACUUAUGUUCCUGGUUACACACUAAUGCAGAAGACUCUGUUCCAGGAUUUCUAAUUGUUCAACCCUUAACUGAAUGAGCAGCAGCUUGAGGAGCUGCUUUUAUUUAUGUAUAUUUUUCAUGACUUGACUGAAGCCAGAGUUUGUUUCUGGAACGAACCAGUUUUCAAUACAAAGUUUCAUCCUUGGAACACAAGGAAUAAUAGUGUUUUUAAUCAUGUGCAGAGUGCUGCUAAUUCAUGGUUGAUAACACACAGCCAUUCUGGGUUGUAUUAUUUUCCCUAGCACAUCUCAGCUGUAGUCUUUUGAUCUUAACAGAGAGAAUAUGGCUCAGCGAAGGCACAAACAUCUUAUAAGACAGAGGUGAUGCCCCAGUCCAGGUGCCUGACACCGUCCGCCUCCCCGUCCCUCAAAUUCUCCAUUAAUUUUGGCAGUGGCAGCAAAAAAAGGUAUCACAUUGGGGUGGCUAGAUCUAGCAUCCCACUGAGAAUGCAAAUUGCUCCUACCCCAGUCAUUGGAUUAAAUAUUUGAUAAGCAGAGAAGAAGUGAUGACACUCCCCCCUCAGCUGGUCUUCAUGAAUCAGCUGGGGAGACAGGCUGUGUGCAAAACUGGCCACAUCCAACCCUGCCCAAAGAUUAAUGUGAGAAAGGGUAGCUACCCCUGUUGUAGCUAAGAACAGAUUUGGACUGCCAUGUUGUAUGAAACAUGCCCCUUGACAAGGUAGUCUGCUGUCAUAAAUAUGCCCAGUAGUUCAUCUUCUACACUAGUGUGUUGGCUUUCGAUGUGCUAUGCUUCAUUCAUUUUGUGUAAGUUAAAAAGAAGAGAGGAGAAUUUCGGGGAAGAAAUUCAUUUCAGCAUUAUAUCUCCUUCGCUUUACAGUGUGUGUUUCAUUCUUGGGAAGAUUCUACCAGAGCAUAAAGGAGAAGAAUGUUGAGUUCACACCAAACAGUAUUGAAAAAGAACUUUUAAAAUCCUGUAAAGAAGCAAAAGGCAAAGAGAACCGUCUGGUAAGUAUUUGUAACUGGGUUAUGUAUUUUAAACAUUUUUACCUCAUUCUUCAGCUGAAAAGGCAGUUUGUGCAGCUAAUUAAAACAGGAGAGUCCCUCUGCACGGGCUUAGUUUUUUAAAAAAAUGCCAGGUGACAGUUGAAGGAGGGAAUGUCCAUUGGAACUGGUGAAGUUCUGGUCGUAAUUGGAAUAAAAAACAUAACUUAAGACAAAGAGGAAAUAGUGAAUGCACCUGUCUGUAUAUAUAUUCCAACAAUUUAUAAAUGGGUUCACACUGUAGUUUCUAAGCGGCCUGCAAUAAUGAUACAGAAGAGAUACAAUCAGUUCAAAUUAGGCAUAAAAAACUUGCUUAAUGUGCUGGCUGAAAUAAAAAGGGCUUCACUAAGCACUGAAGUGGGGAAGAGGCCUAUCUGAUCUCAGCCAGGAGGUUGUUCCAUAGAGUUGGGCCCACAAUACUAAAUGCACAGCUUCUUAUAAGACACCUGUAUUGCGCUGACAAAGUAUUGUGCUCAAGCAAGCACCACUGAGAUUCUUAUAAGAAAUUCUUAUUUAAUAAAUUUAGAAAAGUGUGUUGCAGUCAUCCAACUUAGAUGUAUAAGUGGGGCAUAUGUAACAAGGCGUAGACCUGUUUUUUGUUUUGUUUUAAAGAGUGCAGCUGCCACACAACCCUGUGCAGAAGUCCUUUAACAGUAGUCACCACCUGGGCAGCUGAGAGCAAUGCUCUUUCCAAGAGGCCUCCCAAACAUGGACCUGGUUUUUCCAAGAGCUGAUAACCCUGGGGAAAAUACAUUCUAUGCCUAGUCUCUGAAAACAUUUUUAUUUAACCAACAGCUCUUUUGCCUUGUCAAUUUUAAUUUUAAACGUCAGCCUUGGUGUGUAUGUUCUGGGGAUUCUCCCAAUACACACACACACACACAGCCAAUUGGAAGGAAAGGCUGGGGAAGACCUGUUGCAGUAGCAAAUGUCUGUGUGGGUUUCCAGUAGCAGGACUGGUUAGUUUAAAUCCGGCCCCUUCACUGGAUUCAUACAUUCUUUGCUCAUUUCAAAUGCCAAGUCAGGACCUAACUGAUUUCCAUUCAAGGUCCACUUUGAGCAUAACUUUUAUGGUGAGUCAGUAGCUCAUUAAAUCAACCCACAACACAGUAGAAAGUGGGUUGCACUGGAAACGAGCAUACACACGAGGCAAAGCCAGGACUGUGCAAUUAACUGCAAGUAGUCUCAAGCCAUGAAGUGUAAUAUGUCCGCUUGAUAUCUUUGUUAUAACCAAGUAGUGGGGCUUGAUACUGCUUGGGACUAGGUACAACUCAAGACAGUGUGAGGUACAUCCUCCCCUUGCUAUUGACAGACAGAUAAAUGUGGUUGUGGUACAGCAAGAUGUGCUCUUUCUCCAGUUACCACCAAGCUGCAAUGAGGGGAGGAAGAAUAUAGGAAUCUGCCUUAUACCAAGUCAAAUGAUUGAUCUAUCUAGUUCAGUAUUGUUUACAGCAGCAGUAGGGAACGUCUACCCUGUGAGCCUAAUUAGGCCUAGCAGGGGCCCUAAUUUGGCCCCUGAGGUUCUCCCCCCCCCCCAAUCCAUGGCCACGCCUCACAUAUGAUAUCAUAUGUGUCAUUAUCUGUGGGGCAUGUAAAGAUAGUAGCUGCAAAAGAACAUUUGGAAGGUUAAAGUACACCUGAUUGAUCCUUGUUGACCACUGUCAUGGGGGAUUGGCUGCACUAGGAAGUUCCCAACAGGAAUUCCCUAAUGCAGUCUCCUUCAAAAAAAAGAGCUCUUGGCACUAAUAACCAAUCGGUGCUGACAGCCAUAAAAGGGAUUCAGCAAACCCCUUUGCUGGCAUCAGGUAAUUGACUGGUGGGUGGCCCAGCUGUCCAAGUUGAACUUUGGAGAGGAAGGGACCCAGCCACUAGGUAUCUCAACUCCCACGUCUACAUUGACUGGUAGUGGCAGUUCAGGGUUUCACACAAGGAGCAUUUCCAGCUCUACCUGGAGACACCAAAGAUUGAAACUGAGAUCAUCUGUGUACAGAGCAGAUGAUCACCCUCCCCAUAGAGCAGGGGUGGGGAAGCAUUUGGCCCUGCUGGGCCAGAUCUUUAUCUCCCCCAGCCCCAUGGACCAAUUUUUAUAGGUGGGCAGGACCAUCCACCUGCAAAUCAUGCAGCAUCGUUAUCAUGUUGGGUGAUUGGAAUCUGUCAAAGUUCACCUGCAAAUGUAGGGGGAAAUAGUUAAAAGGACUUGGUCAGUCCCAUGCUCAGUGAUUCUAAAGUGGCAGACAAUGAAGUGGGAUAGCAGAAGCCGAGAUGGGCUGGGUUAGAAUGGUUCUGUUUCUCUCUUGGGGUUCUGAGGCCAAAUAAACUUCUUGUGUGACUUGUAAGGACAGGAGACCUAGUUGUGUUUAUGAUGCCUGCUCUCACAAAUAUAUCCUUUUUAGAUUAAAAAGUAGUCUGGAAAAGUCAGGUGACCCAUAAUCAAAUAAGUCAUGUUGAUCCAUAUGCCGCCUCUAAGACAAAGUUAAAUCUCUCCAAGUCAAGAUUGGGGAGCCUGUGGACCUCCAGAUGUUGUUGGACUACAACUCCCAUUGGCACCAACCACUAUGGCGAUUGGUCACAAAUGAUGGAAGUUGUAGUCCAGCAACAUUUGUAGGACCACAUGUUGCCAUUCCAGAUCUAGGUGGUAGAAAGGCUCUGAAUGGUGUGAUUGAUCUUGCAUAUUUCCUGUAAAGAAAAAGCAGCAACUCCUUGGAGUACUAAAAGUUCCUAAUUAAGCUAACAGCCAGCACUUUCCUGUGUGAGACAAAUUCUUCUGAAAAGGUUCAACCAAGAAGAAAUUAUCUUAAAAUCAUUGCCUGACCUCUCAUUUUCUAUUCAUUCCCUUCUAGUGCUAUUACAUUGGAGCAACCAGUGAUGCAGCCACUAAAAUAACUAAUGAGGUGUCAAAACCCCUAAGUAAUCACAUCCCUGUUGACAAGGUUUGCGAGAAACUGAAGAAGAAAGAUAGUCAGAUCUGUGACCUGAAAUAUGGUGAGUAUAAGCAGAUUACCAGUGAUCGUUACUUUGGUCCUCGAUAUCUUUCUUAUGUAGAGAGAGCAAGAGUGCUAAAGUUACUGGCUGCGUUGUGGUAGAGAGGAAAUGACUUGUGCAGUCAUCUUGAGUUAGCCUGGCAGUAUGGCCCAUUGGAGAAAGUGCAACAUACUUCCAAGUAAAAGACAAGAUCUUACGCAUAUCAGUUAGAGAAAACUUUUUCUCCAUUCCCCCUGCCCCCAAUCAUACAGAUAAGGAAAAUGGUAAUAGAAUUAAUUCAGUACCAGAGGACUACAUUGAAACAGUGAAGACCCAACAUGGUUCCUAGGAAAAUACGAUACAAAUAUAGCUGUGAACUAUGGGCUGCUUAUGAAUAUUGCUGAGGAGAACAUGAGGUCGUAGAGCAGGAAUGGAGGAUCUGUGGCUCUCCAAAUGUUGGACAACUUCUUCUGUCAUUCCUGACCAUUGGCCAUAUUUGAACUGAUAAGAGUCCAACAACAUCUGGAAGGCCGCAGAUUUCCACCUUGCUGUAGAGGAUCAUCAUCUAGCUAGCUAUUGGGUUUUUCAUAGACAGUAGUUUUAUGGUGAGGAUGCUGAACUGUGACAAUGGACUGAUCAGAUUUCAGACAAAAGGUUGAGCUAAGUUCCAUAUAGCAGACAAAUUAUGGUUUAUCUGUCGGCUCCCACCAACGGACGUGUUUUCAUUUCAUUUUGGCGAGCCACAGUUGCUAAUAUAUUCCAACCAGGCAAAGUAUGCUUUGUCACAAACCAGGGAAUUGGAGUACAUAUUUGAAAGAUAAUCUGCACGUGGCCAUUGUGUCCAGUUGGGGCUGUUCGCUUGUUGCCUAGGGAUGUCAGAGAUGAAGGGCAGCACGGUCUUGCUUCUGACAUCAGCCACUGAGCCAAGGGCGACUAGGCCACUUCCCUUGCCUCCAGGAAGAACUUCAAUGCAAAAUACCUCCAUGAUUGCUUGACCUCUUAUAUUCCAGCUCCCAUCACUGAGUUCAUCUGCAAUAGUGCUCAGGGUACAGCCUGUUAACUGCAUUCUGUUCUCGACUCCUACUAUACAUUCCAGUGUCUUAUCUUCCCCAAGUAUAGCUAUUAUCUGUGAAAACUUGUGCUCUUAAUGAAAGUAGUGUCUAGGAGGUGCUGUGACUUGUACUAUUUCAGCUAUGUGAUAGCCAUGUUUUGUGUCUAAGGCUGCAUUCCUAUGAUACUUGAACUGGGAACAAGCCCUCCUGAAAUUUCUGAAUUGUGGUCAGUUAAACUUGUGGACUAACAAUGUUUCAUACAGUAAUAUGCCCUUCUCUUUAUCAGAUAAACAGAUUGACUUGAGCACUGUGGACCUGAAGAAACUGAGAGUCAAAGAACUGAAGAAGAUUCUAGAUGACUGGGGGGAAACAUGCAAAGGCUGUGCAGAAAAGUCAGAUUACAUUCGGAAAAUCAAUGAACUGAUGCCUCAGUAUGCACCAAAAGCAGCCAGUUCACGGACAGACCUCUGACCACCAUAGUGGCCUCUAGAUCAUUAGCAAAUCAAACACAAACUACGUUAAUCUUUCUAUUUUCUUUUCUGGAAAGCUGUUUUUGUAACUUAUUUAACUGGGUUUCAAGUGUCAAAGUGAAGCGGUUCUUGCAAUGCUGGUUCAACUGCCUUGUCGUGUCUCAAGUUUUUAUUUCUUUUGCCUCCAAUUUAUGUUUAAGACAUUGACGUAUGUAUGGGAUUUUUGAAAUAAAAGUUAAGAAAGCCAG